AUGCUCAGAAGAGGAAAGAAUGGUGCAACACCCAUAAAUCAUGGACUGUCAAUCAAUGGAAGACUGUAAUAUGGUCCGAUGAAUCGAGCUUCACACUGUUCCCAACCACAGGAUGAGUUUACAUCUUACUACCAGGACUGUCUUGUGCCAAUGGUAAUGCAUGGUGGCGGCACAAUCAUGGCUUGGGCAGCCAUAUCCUUGUGUUCUGCAGGCCCCAUCAUCACCUUGAAAGGUAGAGUCACUGCUAGCAACUAUGUACAAAUUUUGGCUGACCAUGUGCACCCCAUGGUGCAGACAUUGUCUCUCAUAAACAGUGCCAUUUACCAAGAUUAUAAUGCUCCAAUUCAC